AUCCCCUUCUUCGACUCCCACUUGACGCCGUCCGUUUCCCUUCUUCUUCCGCCGCGUCUCCCCAACUUCCAAGUCUUCCAUUCCCCCUUCUUCCAGUAGCUUCCUCCUCCUUCUCCGCCGCAACCCCACCCAACCAAACCAAAAAACCAAAGGAAACCAAAGCAAAGCGAGCUCCGAGCUCUCCACCCACGAGCGCGUGCGGAAUCUGUAGUAAACUAGUAAUCCAUCCCCGAUCGGCGGCGAUGCAGAACCCGCCGAGCCACCCCGUUGACCUGCCGCUGGCGGCGGCGCCGCCGCCGGUGAAGGCGCCGACCCCGCGCCCCCCCACGCCGGCGUCGCUGCAGCCGGAGUCCCCGGGGGUGUUCUUCACGGCCGCCGCGGCGGCCGCCCCGGUCGGGUCCUCGCACCGCCGCAUCGCCAUCGCCGUUGACCUCUCCGACGAGUCCGCGUACGCCGUCCGCUGGGCCGUCGCCAACUACCUCCGCCCCGGGGACGCCGUUAUACUGCUGCACGUCCGCCCCACCUCCGUGCUCUACGGCGCCGACUGGGGCUCCGUCGACCUCUCCCUCCCCGCCGCCAACCCUAACCCUAGCGGCGACCCGCCGUCGGCCGAGGACGACGCUGAGGCCGCGGCCCGCAAGAUGGAGGACGACUUCGACGCCUUCACCGCGUCCAAGGCCGACGACCUGGCCAAGCCGCUCAAGGACGCCGGGAUCCCCUACAAGAUCCACAUCGUCAAGGAUCACGACAUGAAGGAGAGGCUCUGCCUCGAGGUGGAGAGGCUUGGGCUCAGCGCGGUCAUCAUGGGGAGCAAGGGCUUCGGCGCCUCCAGGCGGACCAGCAAGGGGAGGCUUGGAAGCGUCAGCGAUUACUGCGUGCACCACUGUGUGUGCCCCGUGGUGGUGGUGCGUUUCCCCGACGAUGGUGUGGCGGAGGGCGGAGAGGCCGGUGGCGCAUCGGAGUUGGCGGUGGGCGAGGAAGUGCUGCACCCUGUGCCAGAGGAGGAUGCCGAGUACCAUGACGCCACUGAAGAGCACAAGGAUACUUGAUCAUGCUGUAUGAUGAUGUCCUCUUUGAUCCAGCAUGUAAAGGUUCUAGCAGUCAACUGUUUGCUGGGUGCUAGGUGGGGUUUCUUCUGAGGGCAUUUGCUGUUCCGUUCAACUUUCACUGCCUAUGUUUAUUCGUGCUUUCACUUUGUUGUAUUUUAUUGUCUUGUUUCAUGUAGUUUUAUCUGACCUACUGCUUGCACGGUUAAUUUUUAUGAUUUAGAAUUUUUGUGCUUUCUCAACAUCACAAGAUCUGUUUCUGAUGAAAGUUACAGUUUGACUACUUAACGAACCAAGUAACCGUCUCCCUUUUAUUUUUCUCCCUUGUUGUACUUUCCCUUAAAGUAAGAUUAUGGUAGAUAUCAUGAAUCUCU